UCACCACGGCUUUUCCAAGGUUUAAGGAAACCCAACUUUCAGCAAAACCUCUCUAGAAUUCAAUCAUGAGAAAAGCUUCAAUCUCACUUCUUUCACAGCUCUCUCGUCAGAAACUCAAAUCCUUCGCCCCUCUUCUUUCUAGAAAUUACGUAUCCAAUCCUUCUUCUUUUUCUUCCUCACCACUAAUCUCACCCACCCAUCCCAGUCUCAAGUCCUGCGCCAAAACCCAUGGCUUAUUGUUCAACUCCAACCAAUUUAGGACAAAAUCAGUUCGAAAGAUGGAGACCCUUGUUGAGAAACCAGACCAGUUGUCUUCUGGGCAGGGAAAAAUGAAGGAAAAAUCUGAACUUGAAAAGGCUUUUGAGUCUGCAGAGACCACGGAGGAAAUUAUCAAGGCUUUUCAAGAAAUGGAGUCAGAUUUUGAUGAGAAAGAGCUAGGAAUGUAUUCCUGGAGAGUGGCCGCCAUCCUAGAAUUGGAAGAAGAGGAUCCUGAAAAGAUUCUAUCUUUUGCAAAUAGAGCUUUGAAAGUUUUUGAAAAAGAUAAUCAACUGUUUUCUUCUGCCACGGUUUUAUUUAUAAUGGGUUCUGCUAAUUGUAGAUUGAAAAGGUUUGCUAGUAGUUUGGAGUACCUUAAUAGGGCUUCUAGGGUCUUGGAUAGGUAUCAACCAAAUGAUGAUGAUCUUUGUUGUGAGGAUUUUGGGCGGAUGCUUUUCUCAGUGCAGUGUGUGUUGGUCAAAGUUAAGUUGGAGCUUGGGAGGACAGAGGAGGCUCUAGAGCUUCUUAGGAAGUGUGUGGAGUUUAAGGAGGAAAUGUUGGAGAAAGAUAGCAGCCUUAGCAGGAAAGUGGGUUUAGCAAACCGGGAUUUGGCUCAAUUAUAUUUUGCAAACUUAGACUUCGAGGAGGCCUUGCCAUACUGUUUGAGGGCAUUGGAGAUACAUGAGAAGCACUUGGAGCAGAAUUCGGUGGAUGUUGCGUGUGCUAGGAGGCUUCUUGGGGUCAUCUAUUCCGUGUUAGAGGAGCAUGAAAAGGCGUUGGAGCAGAAUGAGUUGUCGCGGAAGGUUUUGAGUAAUUGGGGUCAAAGUUCUGAUUUGAUCGAUUUGGAGAUUCUUUCUGCUAAUGUGCACAUUGCACUGGGGAAGUAUGAAACUGCUAUUAAUACUUUGAGGGGUGUUGUUGAGAUGACAGAUGAGGAUAGUUUGACUCGGGCAUCGGUGUUUAUAUCAAUGGGGAAAGCGUUGCAUUUGCAAGAAAAAAUUGAAGACUCAAAAAGGUGUUUGGAGAUUGCUUGUGGAAUUCUUGACAAGAAAGAGACAGCCUCUCCAGAGGAAGUUGUUGAGGCAUACGUGAAGAUCGCGAUGCAAUACGAAAGUAUGGAAGAGUUUGAAACUGCAAUUUCAUUGUUAAAGAGACCAGUAGCUUUUCUUCAGAAGCACCCGCACGAACAGCCCUCCAAAGGAAAAGCUAAUGCAAUAAUAGGGUGGUUGCUUUUGAUGACGGAUAAGCUGGCAGAGGCUAUUCCUCACUUGGAGUUGGCAGCGUCAAGUUUGAAAGAGAGCUAUGGUCCCAAGCAUAUUAUGGUUGGGUAUAUCUACAACAAUUUGGGCGUAGCAUAUUUGAUGCUAGAUAGCCGUCAUGGAUGUAUCUCUUGGCCCUCAGCUGCUGAGACGUUUGCAGUUGCAAAGGACAUCAUUGAGGAAUCUCUUGGCCCUCAUCUACAAGAUUCAAUUAUGGCAUGUCAGAACCUUGCGACAGCUUAUGAUUUCAUGGGAAGCUAUGAUCUGGCAAUAGAAUUCCUGCAACGAACAAUUGAUGGCAUGGAAAGGUAUGAAUCAGGUGCAGAGGAUUGUCUCAGGCAUGCCCGCCGACGUCUCGAACAGGUUAAGAAAAAAUCCCGGGGUGAACCGUUGUCAAUCAGGUUUUCCACAAAUGUAUUUCCCUUGCGAAUGCCCUAUCCCUAAUGCUAAUGACUAUUUUAGGAGCUCACAACCUGAUAUUUUUGCUGGUCAAGAUCAAUCCUGCAGCAAAAUUUAGUGACUUCCUGUACAAAUAUAUCUACUUCAUAGUAUAUAACACUGCUUGCGUGCUAAUGUUUAGGUGUCUAACAUCAAACCGAUUUUCCCACUGUAUUUUUGUCCUCUAUGGCAGUAAUGGAUUGUAAGUCAAGCAAGCAGCAAUCUAGUUUUAGUUCUUUCCCUAGUAAAAAAAGAGAGAACAGAAUUACAUGUAUAACACUAAACUGGUCAAUUGGUGAAUUUUUCUGAAGAUUAGCUAUUACCAUUAACGUAGAA